GGCGGAUAAUAACAUCCAUGAUCCACAGGAAUCCUGAAAGCUCGCAGCUGAUUGGCUGCAGGCUGCUGCCUCUGGUCGGAAUGGACCUGUUGGAUAAAAGCGGCGUAUUCUGAAGGACUCCUGUGUGUGUGUGUGUUAGUGGGAGGACCAUGCACUGGGGACCAGCCUGAGAGACGCUGACAUUACGCAGAAAACAGGCCAAGUCCAGCAGCAUCAUCAUCACCAUGACGGGGAAGCAGGGCUCCGUGCUGUCGGAAAGUUUAAACCUCUCGGAGAAAAGCUCCCUUCGGGCUGCGGGCGGCGGCGGCAGCAGCCUCCAUCCGCCGAAGAGCACCGCGACCCACCCGCCGCCCAGGUGCACCGGCUUCGGCAUCCAGGAGAUCCUGGGGCUCAACAAGGAGCCGUCCGCGGCCCCGAGGAGCGCGCUGGGCUCGCUGCCGGCCGGGGCGCACCUGAUCGCCGCCAGGUCCGUGCUGGGCCACGCCGGCAUGGGACUGGGUAUGGGUGUCGGGAUGGGAUUAAUCGGUCCUGGUGGGAUUCCGUCGUUUUACAGCCAGCCCGCGUUUUUGGAGACGGUGCUGUCGGACGCACAGGAUGUUCACCUGCAGCCGCACAGCAGGUCCGCAGGCCCGCUGGACAUCAGCCAGUCUGCCAGCUCAGACUCUGAGGAUUUAUCUUCAAAUGAACGAAAACUCUCAAAGUCAUCUGUAAGUCAGAGCAAGAAACGCAAGAAAAGACGUCACCGGACCAUAUUCACCUCCUAUCAGCUGGAGGAGCUGGAGAAGGCCUUUAAUGAAGCUCACUACCCGGAUGUUUACGCCCGAGAGAUGCUGGCCAUGAAAACAGAGCUACCUGAGGACCGGAUACAGGUAUGGUUUCAGAACCGCAGAGCCAAGUGGAGGAAGAGGGAGAAGUGCUGGGGCCGCAGCACUGUCAUGGCGGAGUAUGGCUUGUACGGAGCCAUGGUGAGGCAUUCCAUCCCUUUGCCUGAGUCCAUCCUCAAGUCUGCCAAGGACGGCAUCAUGGAGUCCUGCGCUCCCUGGCUGCUCGUCCAAGAUGGCUUACCAAUCAACAGACGCAAUUCUAAAUCUGAAUACCCGCAACUCUUUGCAGGGAUGCACAAAAAGUCCAUGGAGACAGGCGUUCCCCCGGCAACAGGAAAGUGCGACGAGCCCCAGCAGCCCAGCUCUCAGAGGGCAGAGGAGGCUGAGGCGGAGGAAAAGAGGUCAGACGGCAAGUCCACCAUUUCGAAAGAGGAACUGAGAGAGAACAGCAUUGCUGCACUCAGGGCCAAGGCACAGGAGCACAGUGCCAAAGUGCUGGGGACGGUUUCUCACGACAGACUGCAGGCGGGCAAACAGGAGAGACAGGCGGCCGAGGAGAACGCCACUGAUCCCCCACUGAGUCCAGCAGAGGAGGAGAAAAGUCCAUAGAGACUGAGGACAGUUAUUCUCCUGAGUGGAUGCAGUGGCCCGGCUGCUGUCAGCAUGUGUACGGACAAACCCCGACAUAACACAGUGUCCCUGCAGAGUGUCAUCCUUCAUCGACUUCUCUGAACUGGCCCGCAUCUGGACUUUCUGGAGGAGGAAACUCAUCUGCCGCGAAUGCACUUUUAUCUGAUUUAUUCCCAAACUUGCUGUUUACUCACAGUCGUUGUUUCUGGUGCAUAGUAGAGAAGAUUGAACCAACACAUAUUGGUGUAUAUACAGAGUCAGAUGAGUCAAAUUUUAUCCAUUAUAACAUUUAUAAUAUUUCAAUUAGAACCACCAAUCACCAAUGAGCAGUCAGUGUCUGAAGGGUCUAUAUGUUCCAUUGUUGACGUUCAUUUUAAUGUUGCUUGUACCGUUAGUGAAUGGUGACAUUUGAAAUAAGAACCAUCCCACCGACAGUACUCUUUUAAGAGACAGAAAGUAAAUGUUGUCCUAUAUCGCGCUGUACAAAAUUGAUAUAUUAAUCUCUCUCACUAAGGCACAAUUUUAAAUAAUUUUCUUUCUCUUGUAGUCUUUAAAAUGUUUGUGUAUUCAUUUCCAAAUGUGUAUAACUCAAAAUACAAAGCAUAAAAAUAGAAAUAGCCUUUUAUUAAA